AUGAAAAUAUUCCGUAUGAUUAUUCAACAUCUCUCAACUUCCCUCAUCAAAUUACUUUGCUGCGUAUCGAUUCUUUCGUUCAUUUCCGGUAUUCUAUUUUGUAAUAAUCGUUCCCUUUUUCUUGAAAUUGAAUCGACUAAUCAAAGCCGUCGUCUAGUCGAAACUGCUUUACUAGAUAUUCCCGCAUGUACUUCAGCAGAUCGAGUUCGCCAACGCGCUCUUCUUGCCACUCUUCAGACAUGGGCGCGUUUAGCGAGAUAUUUUCACGUUCAGUAUUGGAUUACUUUUGGUACGCUGGUGGGCUAUGUUCAAAGACGAACGCUCUUACCACAUGAUCAAGAUAUUGAUAUUCUAAUUAUGGGACAAGAUACAAGUCAACUCGUACAAAUAGCUUUGAAUCUGUCUUUUCAGAAUUUCUCGUGGCUUGACUCAAAUAUGUACAAACUGGUAAUACAUCCACAGUGGUAUAUAGUUAACUGGGAAAAUCGAUCUUAUUUUCCAUCGCAAAGCAUCAACUUCAAAGCACCUAAUGCAAGAUUCAUUCAUCGAGAAAGAAAUGUUUUUGUUGAUAUUUGGCUUAUGUAUGAUUAUCAUCCCGAACAGUCAAAUCAUUUGACUGAUAGUACGUCGAUGCUUACUGGUAUUGGUCUAGACUAUAAAUGGGUAUCGUCUCCGAAAUUUUGGAGUUUUCCCUUACGUCCAUGUGAUCUUAGUGGAAUAAGAGUGUGGUGUCCAGGUGAACCUGAAGAAAUCGUUUGUGCAACAUAUGGAAGAGAAGCUUUGUAUAAAUCAGAUACUAAAUGUAUUAAUGGUUCGUGGGUGUAA